UUUUGAUUGUUGUUGGUGCUGUUGUUGUUGUUGCUUGAACUUUGGGAUCCUGGAGGACUUCUGCUCUUCACACACUCCACAUCCUUCACGUCUAUGUCCCCCCUAUCUUAAUAACCCAUGGCGUCCCGCAGUGACUCCGCGGGGUCUUCCCGCCCGCGAUCUCGUCGCUCCAUCGCCCAUGUCCCCCGAUCGCAGUUAACCUCUGCCCUUGAAAAGGAGAAUGCGACCACAAGCAUCAGCUCAUCGCAGCCCAUAGGGGAUCGCCCGAAGCUUGCGGGGAAAGACAAGAAGUCUCGCAGCAAGAGUCUGGGACCUGGUGGUCUAGAUGCGCUCCAGGAUUCAAAUGGCAAUCGACGCAAGUCUACUGCUGCGUUCCCCCUCAAGUCGAUCCUGAAACCCACAGUCCCCGUCUCUCCUGUGCGCAACAUCCCCACGUUUGAGGAAACACGCAGACGGACGCCCGCUCGCGGACCACCCCACAAUGACGGCACCGGUGAAGGUCGGGACCAGGGCAAAGAGGGCCUGCUAAUCGACUUCGACACCCCGGCGCAACCUUCCGGCUCUAGUGGCGACGACCGCGCCAAUCCUUUCGACAGCUUCAAUGCCGAGUCAAUUCGUGAUGAGAUGGCCGCCGUAAGAGAGCGUGAAGAGAAGGAACAACGGGAGCGAGAGCGAAAAAUGAUUCUCCAACAAAGAGAGGCGCGCCGGAAAUCGAUGGCAAAUCGCCGUGUAUCAUUUGCCCCCGAAGCAACAUUGCAUACAUGGAAUGUGGUGGAGAUCCCCGACGACUCGACCUCUUCAUCUACCUCCAACUCAACAAGACGUGCAUCUUCCCUGGCGAACCAGGUGCCCCAGCAUCAAGCUAGGCCGGCCGAUCCUCCUUCCUCCCCCGACUUGGACGCAGAGUCGGACAUCGGCUUCUCACCCGUUCAGUAUCCGGAUUUGGAGCAGCUUCAGAAUCGCUCGAUGUCUUCUCAGGAAAUGUCUUCAAGUCCUUUCAGUGGGAGCUCGGCGGAUGGCAGCGAAGAUAUUGGAUUACAAGGCUCGCAGGAAGAUCUUGACGAUGACGAUGACGACAACUCAUCAACUUCUGGUUUCGACGGAGAGAGUACUGCAAUGAGUAUGGAUGACAUGUCCGUCCAUUCUGCAGUAACCGCCCGAUCAGAUGGGUCUGAGACUAGCUCGAGUGCUCGGCUGAAUGAAGCGCUACGGCAAGCAGCUCGGGAAGCAGGCACACGCGGCAUUGAAGACGAUGACGAUGGUGAUAUGUCGAUGGAGAUUGCCGACCAGGAGAUCACUGGUGCUUUUCAACCGUGGAUCAAGAAGGGAGAACGCCAGAGUUUCGACUGGGAAGACAUCAGUGCCCGACAUGAUCAAGAGAACGUUCAGCCCGGCCAACCAAUUGCAGACGCGGCAAGCGACAACGAGGAUGAGGACCUCAGCAUGGAAGUUACCAAUGCGAUCGGACGCAUUCUGCCCGGUCAACGAAGUCGUCGUCAGAGCGCAAUCCGUCGCAAGUCUACUAGCGAGGAGACCAUCUACGACGAACAAACAAUGGAACUGACCAAUGUUGUCGGAGGUAUUGCGCAACCUAUUUCUCCCGCAAAAUCUAUGGGAGCCGACAGCAACGCCGAUGAAGACGAAGAGAUGACAAUGGAGUUCACGUCAGUCGUCGGUGGCGUUUUGAACAAGCCAUUUACGGCCAACGAUGCCGACGAGAAGGACCAUGAGCAAGCAGAAUCCUUUACCCCGAUCACUAAGCCACGGGGGUUCUCUGAGUGGGAGAACGAGGAAGAUAACAUGGACGGUGGCAUGGACAUGGAGAUUACUGGAGCUAUUGGUGGUAUACUUCCUCCGGCCGAAGAGCACACCGAACCUAUGGAUGAGGACCAAACAGUGGGUAUGGAAGUCACGACUGCCGUGGGUAAGAUCUUGUCGCCUCAGACAAAGCCCCAAACAGAGCUCCAGCCAGAAUUCCAAGAUAUGGAGGAAGCCGAAGAAGCCAUGGAAGCUGAACCCGAUGCCGCUCGCUUGAAUAGCUCGCCCUUGCAGGAGCCCGCUCGGCACUCACCUGCCAAAUCACCGGCUUCUUUUCAUGUCGCAGCUGUGGCUUCAGAAAGUGGGAGCCCCAGCCUGGCAAGUGUGAGAUCCAGAAGGACAAGGCACAGCUUAAGCCAUGCCGCCUCCAGCACACCAACCUCGCAUACACCGGAACCUUCUCCGAACAAGGACCCCGUAUCUCCUCCAAAGCAGUCAGCGCCGCAGGCCAGCGGUCUUUCACCUUCUGCAGCGACCCCGUCAAAAAGCACGGAUCUCAAAAGUGCAUCGCCCGAGAACCUCUCGCAGCCGGAGCCUCAAGAGUCCACGAGCAAAAGGAGAUCCCCAAGGCGUAAAAGCCUUUUCGGAAACUCUGCAACUGGAGAAUCUGCUCCGCUUUUUGUCCUGCAACCCCACGGGAAGAGGCGGUCCUCUGGUCUCGGGAUCGAUAGGGAAGGGCUUGGUUCACCCAAGGUGGCUGCUAUGCUUGAUAAACGUCGGUCAAUCGGUGAAGAGGCGCCGCAAUUCGUCCCGCAGGAGCAACCGAAACAGGGUGUGCGCUUCGAAGAUCCUGUGAAGCUCCAGGAGGAGGUCGAGAGAGAACGAGAAGAGGAGGAGAACCGGGAGGAUGGGCAUAUUCCGCCUCCCAAUCUUGAUCCCACGGCUAAUCUGAAAGACAUGAUUUCAAGCCUUACGCCGAAAAAGAAUAAGUUGCGCGGGAGAAAGAGCUUGCAUGUUGGUGCCGCUCGCGGCGUCCUCGGUAAACGGCCCGUUGAGCUGGAUAUAGACGAUGAAGACGUGGAUAACACGCCUAAGCGCCUGAGGGGACGUGGGGAUGUGAGUCCAGUGAAGAACAUCAGGCUUCCUGCGCCACCGUCCAAGGAUGAAACCGUUGGCCGUACAGCUCGCUCCCCUCUCAAACUCUUCAGUGGAUCUCCAUUGAAAAUGAGCACUACUCCUAUCCAGGAACCAAAAGUCAGCUCAUUGGCAAUUAGUCCGGCGAAAGCAAGGUUGGAGUCCUCAAAGUCACCCUCAGGCGUCGAAUCAACGGAAGAACGGGAGGCUGUUGUUGAGGAUUCUGGCCCAGAAUUCGAACCCAUACAGUUGCAGGACUUUCUAAACAUGACCAACAUUCACUUCAUGGAGCUCACGACAACAAAGAGGCGACAUACUACUGCGCCUGACAGUGCUACCAAACGAGCAAUGAGGCUUUCGACCGAAAGUGAGGCUAAAUCAAGCGCUUCUGACUUUGAAGCCUGUGUGACAGCUGGUUUCUGCACUGUGCCCAUGCUCGAGCUAUAUCAGCAUUCUUGCCGGGAACUCAAAUCUUAUAUCUCUGAAGGGAGACAGAUCAUUCGGUCCAUUGAAACUGAAACCUUUGCCGACAACCCGCCGCUGUUCCGUGAAUACAUGACAGCCCCUCCUGAUAUCCGUUUGCUCAUGGACAACCAAUUCCGCAAUGUUAAGACUCACGCCAGGCUUCUCAGCAAAGCCACGUGGUAUGAGUGGCGCAUGAAGCUUCUCGAGGGCCUGAAAGAUGGACUUGACCGGCAUGUGCAGGAAAUGAAGGCGGACGGCGAGCUUCUGUCGAAGCAUGAGACUCUUCUGGGCGGUGUCGUGCCCGCCCUCGUUGAGAAGCAUUCUACCCUCGAGGGAGAAGCCACGACACUACAACAACUGGCAGACGAUAUGGAAAACUGUGACCAGGAUGAGCUACGCAGUGCAAGGGAGAAGCUCGCCGGCGUAGAAGCAGAGAUUGAAGAGAAGAAGAGGCGGCUCCUGGAGAUGCAAGAAGAACUCAAAGGCAAAACAGACACGAUCGAAUCUGGUACAGAGCUUAAAGCAGAAUACACAGCCCAGAUCCAGGAAGCGGAAAGAGUCAAGGAAGAAUGCCGUGGCUGGAGCGCCAAGGAGAUCAGCGAGUUGAAAGACUCCGUCCGCAACAUUGAGCGCCAGACUGGCUGGAGUAUCAUCUCAGCGAAGUCAGAGGAAUCUCCCGCAGGCCCAACAGUGACCAUGUCCUAUCGCAACCAGCUCCAACUCACCUUCCAUCCGGCCUCGUUCCAGAGCGAUAUUCAGACAACUUCUCCGGAGCUGAAAUAUGCCCCGACGAGCGGCACCAAGCGCGCUGCCCCGACCCCUCCACUCUCGCCAAUCUCCCUCCUCGUCCUGAAAUCCCUCCAAAACCACAUCACAACCACCCAAUCCUCCACCAUCACCCCCAAACAGCUCCUCCGCUUCAUCUCCCAAGCCUGGGACCUCACCCUCAAACUGGAAGAAGAGGCCCGCAUGCUCGAAUUCUGCGGCGUGACCAAGCUCAAACUCCUCGAAGUCGAAGACACCCCCUCCCUCCGGGCCCGAUGCACCCUUCUCAGUCCCAUCACCAAGCCCUCCACCGCAAGCCAAACCAAGCGCCGCAUCGACGUCGACUUCGCCGUCAAGACCCGCAUCCUGAACAAUCCAGACGAACAGACCGGGAAAAUCGGCAUCCUGGACAUCCAGACCGAUGUACUCGCGAGCAAAGUCUAUGGCUUCGGAUCGGGUAACAAGGCCGGUAUCUCUGAGACCGAGAUGCGAAGCAUCCUAUCUACUGGCCUUGGAGAGAAGACGUCCGAUCUUCAGCUGGGUGGUGGUGUUUGGAGUACGGCGGUUCGGAAACUUACCGGGGCGGUCUUUUAGUUGGUGGGUGGUCUUACCAUACGGUUCACCACGUGAUGCGACAUGGGACUAUUUCCCCAAAUUCGUUCUGUAGUUAUUUUAAUUAUCUAUAUGGGUGUGGUUGUGACUUGGCCGGGGCUGGACGGUGUUUCGGUUGGUUGGUUGGCUGGUCAGUGAUGGGUUUCCGGAAUGGGACGGGGUUUUAUUUCGCAGGUCUAUUUUACCUUCUGCGUUCGGUGUUUACAAACGGUAUUUGUACAAAUGGAAUAUCCUACGGUUCUCUCUUAUUACAAUAAUCCAACC